AUGGCUGCGUCCCUCAAGUCCGCACACAAUAUCACUGUGUUCCGAGGAUUCCCCGAAAAAGGCUGUUACACCUGGUCGCCGUUUGUCACUAAGCUCGAGGCCCGCUUGCGAUUUGGAAAUAUCAGCUACAAUGUCGAAGCAGGUUCGCCCUUAAAAGGCCCUAGGGGCAAGGUGCCGUAUAUCACACUCGAACGUGAUGGCCAGUCGCAAUCUAUGUCCGACUCCACCCUGAUUGCAAAAGCAUUCAUUGAGUCCGGACACCUAGAGGAUCUCAAUCGAAGACUAUCUGCCGUGGAGAAAGCCCAGGACCUUUCCCUUAAGGCUCUGCUGGAGGACAGACUCUAUUUCUACCAGGGUCACGAGCGGUGGGUCUUAAACUACUACACCAUGCGCUCCAAAAUCCUGGCUAGUGUCCCCUGGCCUGUGCAGGUGAUUGUCGGCAACAUAAUCUACAAUAAAGUCGUCCGCAAUAUGAAAGGUCAAGGAACAGGCAGCUUUACAACCGAGGAAAUUGCAAUAUUCCGGCGGGAAAUCUGGGAAUCUGUCAACGCACUUGUAUCGGCUGCAGAUACCCAGCAUCAGGAUCGGGAAGGGCCGUUCUGGGUCUUGGGCGGCGAUGCCCCCACAGAGGCUGAUGCAGUGGUGUUUGGCUUUGUAAUAUCAGGUCUGGUUUGUGAAGCCUCUCCUGAAACCAAGGAUGUUGUGAACAGUUACCCGGCGUUGGUAAAGUAUGCUCGGAGGAUCCAUGACAAGUAUUUCCCGGAUUAUCAAGGUUGGGAAUGA